UACAAAAAGCCAAGCUUUUGGGAUUCCCCUCUCCUUCCUUUCGCUUCCUCCUCCUCCCCAUCAGUGGAAUCUGGAAAUCUAGCGCCGAUCUCCGCCGAUCUCCGCCGCGGCCCCUGUCCGUCGCCGCCAGCACCGGCUGUCUCCGCCUCCUCGUGCUCCGAUCUUCUCGUCGGUCGGUCGCUCGCUCUUCUUUGCCUCGCCUCAUUCGCUCUCCGCGUCCGUCCUGUCUGCUCGUCGGCGCUCUGCCUCCGAUCCAUUCUGCUCUCGCGGCUGCUCGUCCGCGCUGCUUCGUCGCCUCUCCGUCGUCGUCGCGGCCUUCGUCGUCGUGAUCUGCUCCGUUGCCUCUGCUCGCUGAAUCUCGUCGCGAUCUGAGCCCGAGGCAAUUCAUCCUCCCGGACUCCAAUACCUGUAGAGACGCCACAAAGCUGCAAAAUAUAAGUCCAAACCUGCUUGGAGAAUGAACAUCUGAGAAACAGAUUGCCUCUAUAUUUAGUAGAUUUUGUAAAGAUGUCUGGUCAGAGCCAGCGGUUGAAUGUGGUUCCUACUGUCACGAUGCUUGGAAUUGUGAAAGCUCGCCUUGUUGGUGCUACAAGAGGCCAUGCCCUACUGAAGAAGAAGAGCGAUGCUUUGACUGUGCAGUUUCGUCAGAUCCUGAAGAAAAUUGUAUCCACAAAGGAAUCAAUGGGGGACAUUAUGAAAGCAUCCUCAUUUGCCCUGACUGAGGCCAAGUAUGUUGCUGGCGAAAAUGUCAAGCACGUUGUUCUGGAAAACGUCCAGAAUGCUUCUUUGAAAGUCCGAUCUCGACAAGAGAAUGUUGCUGGUGUGAAGCUUCCUAAAUUCGAAUAUUUUACCGAUGGGGAGACCAAGAAUGACCUGACGGGAUUAGCCAGAGGUGGUCAACAAGUUCAGCUUUGUCGGACUGCUUAUGUGAAAGCCAUUGAGGUUCUUGUGGAGCUUGCUUCGCUGCAAACCUCUUUCCUGACUCUUGAUGAGGCUAUUAAGACCACCAAUCGUAGAGUGAAUGCGCUGGAGAAUGUUGUGAAGCCCAGGUUGGAGAACACAAUAAGUUAUAUCAAGGGUGAGUUGGAUGAACUCGAGAGGGAAGAUUUUUUUAGGCUGAAGAAGAUUCAGGGAUAUAAGAAGAGAGAAAUAGAGAGACAGCUUGCAUCUGCCAAGAGAUUUGCGGAAGAGCAGUUUGCUGAGAAGGUUUCCUUGCAAAAAGGGGUUUCACUAAAUACAGCCCACAACUUGUUAUCGGCAGCAAUGGAGAAGGAUGACGAUAUCAUUUUCUGAUUUGCCUGCGUUUCUCGGGUAUUUGAUUCGGCUGUGCUGAUUGUUUUGGCUCGAAAAUUUCCCAAAGCGGCCAUGGAUUAAAGCUUUCUCCAUAAUUAGUCUUCAUUUGGGCGUCUUCUUCUCCUUGAUUUGUUGAUUUAAAGCCUCGUCAUGUCGAGUCUGUAGUAUUUGUUCAUCUAGUGGCUUUAUCUAUUAGUUCGCUGCUAAGCUUGUACUUAAUCGGAUCCGUUCUCCAUCAAUAAAUUAAUGUCAUGGUGUUGAUUUUUCC